CGGCCCGGCCCCCCGCGCGCCCGGGGCCGCCCGGAUGUGCACGAAAAUGGAGCAGCCCUUCUACCACGACGACUCCUACGCCUCGGCGGCCGCGUACGGCCGGAGCCCGGGCGGCCUGGCGCUGCACGAGUACAAGCUGCUCAAGCCGGGCCUGACGCUCAGCCUGGCCGACCCGUACCGCGGCCUCAAGGCGCCGGGCGCGCGGGGCUCGGAGGCGGGCGGCGGCGGCGGCGGCAGCGGCGGGGCGGCCGGCGGCUACUUCGCGGGCGCGGGCGCCGCCUCGGACUCGGGCGCGUCGCUCAAGCUGGCGUCCUCGGAGCUGGAGCGCCUGAUCGUGCCCAACAGCAGCGGCGUGAUCACCACGACGCCCACGCCGCCGGGCCAGUUCUGCUACGCGCGCGGGGGCGGCGGCGGCGGCGCGGGCGUGACGGAGGAGCAGGAGGGCUUCGCGGACGGCUUCGUCAAGGCCCUGGACGACCUGCACAAGAUGAACCACGCGGCGCCCCCCAACGUGUCGCUGGGCGCCGGGGGCGGCGGCGGCGGAGGAGGCGGCGGCGGGGGACCCCCGGCCGCCGGCGGGCCCGGGGGCGUGUACGCGGCGGGCCCCGAGCCGCCGCCCGUCUACACCAACCUCAGCAGCUACUCGCCGGCGGCGGCGGGCGCCGGGCCGGCCGCGGUGGGCGGCGGCGCCUCGUACCCGACGGCCACCAUCAGCUACCUCCCGCACGCGCCGCCCUUCGCCGGCGGCCACCCGGCCCUGGCGCUGGCCCGCGGGUCGGCGGCGGCGGCGGCCGCGGCCUUCAAGGAGGAGCCGCAGACGGUGCCCGAGGCCCGCAGCCGCGACGCCAGCCCGCCCGUGUCGCCCAUCAACAUGGAGGACCAGGAGCGCAUCAAGGUGGAGCGCAAGCGGCUGCGGAACCGGCUGGCGGCCACCAAGUGCCGGAAGCGGAAGCUGGAGCGCAUCGCGCGGCUCGAGGACAAGGUGAAGACGCUCAAGGCCGAGAACGCGGGGCUGUCGAGCACGGCCGGGCUGCUGCGCGAGCAGGUGGCGCAGCUCAAGCAGAAGGUCAUGACGCACGUCAGCAGCGGCUGCCAGCUGCUGCUCGGGGUCAAGGGCCACGCCUUCUGA